AGGCUGCAGCCCGCUCCUGAGAACUAGGUAAAGGCCACGGGUCAGGGUUGAGAGUUCAAAGUCGAGUUUCUCCGGCUUAUGGGUUCACUGGGCGGUGGAGAACGGCCUCAUAGCAGCACAUGGUUCCUAUUUUCCCCCCAUUACCCCAAGUCAUUUUACCCAGUCGGAGGAGAUCGUGUGCUACUCGGGUCGAGAAAUUUCCAUGAACGGUGAAUACUUGUCCACCGGAUCCUGGCAACAAAGAUGCCUCGUCGAUUUGUUUCAGCCGGGUCACGUUGUAAAGAUUUGUGCUCCUAUGGUGCGAUAUUCAAAGUUGGCAUUUCGAUCACUGGUCAGAAAGUAUGAUUGUGAACUGUGUUUUACUCCAAUGAUCAUUGCUUCUGCCUUCCUGAGAUCCGGCAAGGCCAGAGACAAUGAAUUCACAACAAAUUAUGUUGAUCGUCCACUGGUUGUGCAGUUUGCCGCUAAUCAUGCACAGGAUUUAGCUGAUGCUGCUUGUAUAGUUUCUCCAUUUGCAGAUGGUGUUGACUUGAACUGCGGUUGUCCACAAAGGUGGGCAAUGGCAGAAGGAUAUGGUGCUUGUCUAAUAAAUAAACCAGAACUGGUUCAGGACAUGGUGCGUCAGGUCAAGAAUCAAGUGGAAUGCCCCAACUUUUCAGUCUCCAUUAAGAUAAGAAUACACAAAGACCUAGCAAGAACUGUAGAUCUUUGUCGGAAGGUUGAGGCAGCUGGAAUCUCUUGGAUUACUGUUCAUGGCAGAGCAACUGAGGAGCGGCAUCAACCUGUGCACUAUGAUACAAUCAAGAUUAUUAAAGAAAACUUAAAUAUACCGGUAGUAGCAAAUGGAGAUGUAAGGAGCAAUAAAGAUAUCGAUUUUGUGCAUCAACUGACAGGAAUUGAUGGUGUAAUGGCUGCUCGAGGCCUUUUAGCAAAUCCUGCUAUGUUUGCAGGAUAUGAAGAAACCCCCUUGCAGUGUGUUCGGGAUUGGGUUGACAUUGCUUUGGAGUAUGGAACACCAUACACUUGUUUUCAUCACCAUUUGAUGUACAUGUUGGAACGAAUAACUUCAAAGCAAGAGAAGAAAAUCUUUAAUGUGCUGUCAAGUAUGUCAGCUGUUAUAGAUUACCUCAAUGACAAUUAUGGCUUACGUAUGCGGAUGAUUGUCCUGCGUGAUGAGGCAGAAUUUACGCCUUUCACGGCGCGGUGGGUGUGCGCGCGCAGACGCAGUGCCGUUCGGAGCGAGAGGUGCCGAUUUCUUCGGCAUUGUUGGAAAAGGUUUCAAAAGGUUUCAUCAAGUACAAUGACAUUGCAGUGGGUUGCAGUUGCAUCUUUCCUGUAUGCAGAAAUAGGCUUCGUUUUGUUUCUAUGUUUACCGUUCAUCUCCCCUCGAAGAUGGUUGAAAAUUUUCAAUUUCCGUUUAUGGGAAAAAAUAGCUUCUUACUGGAAUAGAGCAUUUCUCACAAUCAUUAUAGUCUUGGUUGUCUUGUUCUUUGAUGCCAUUAGAGAAGUGAGGAAAUACUCAGUGAACAACGGGAUUGGAAAAAAUGAAAAGCUGCUUCCAAAUAUGUAUGAUCAUCUCAACAUGAAGCUUUUUCGGGCACAAAGGAAUCUUUACAUAUCUGGAUUUUCAUUGUUCCUUUGGCUUGUUCUUAGACGUAUGAUCACUCUUAUCUCAGAACUGGCGACUGCAAUGGGAGAAAAUCAGGCACUUAAAGUUCAAACAGAUAAUACCAAUGAUGCAGCCAAAAGAUACAUGGUGGAAAAUGAAGAACUGAAAAAGGCUUUACGUAGAGGUAAAGAUGAUGGAAAUAAGAAACUGGAAGAGGAAAAUGAGCAGCUGAUUAAAGAAAUAGAGAGAUUAAAGGCUGAACUGAAAAAGACCACAGAAGCCCUUGAGAAAUCAAAGAUUGAAAUGAAUUCAAUCAAAAAACAAAGUGAUGGACUGACUAGGGAAUAUGAUCGUCUUCUGCAGGAGCAUGAAAAGACACAGGGUCUUGUUGACACACAUGAUAAGAAGGAAGAGUAACCUGCAAAAGGUUUUGCCUUGUGCCUUUGGAUGACAUCUGCAACAACAGAAUAUUUAUUUGUUUCCUUAACAACAUAAUGAAGCUAAAAAUGAAGUGAGUCACUGUUCAUAAGAAAUUAUGUUGAUAGCUGUUUUCAUAAACAUGAAAGUUGUUUGUCAUGCUUCAAUCCAUUUACAUUUCCAAAAUGGGAUUCUAAAUGAUAAAGCAGGUGGGAACAUAGCUCUUCCUGCUCUGAUGUCUGCUAGAAACUCAGUCAAUGAAUUCACAAAUACGUGUGCAUUCAUAUGGCUGAUUUCCAAGUAACACUUUCGUACAGUUUUUGUCCCAAGUCUUGAGUUUCCUUAUCAGCUAUUUGAAAUGCCAAUCUUCUUCAAGUUCCAAAUAUCCAAAUCCAAUGCUAUAUAAUGAGCUCAAUCCAAUUCUUUGUGCAAGAGGUUUUGACCAACAAGGUGUUCCUGCGAUUAUGCUGAUUCUCUCCACAUUGUUUAGAUCCAAUCUUGCUUUGGAACUUUGCUGUCAGUAAGAAAGCUGAGGCUACUUUUUGUCCCUCUCACAGUGGUUUCAUAGAACUGUAUUGAAGCAAUAGUCAGCAUCCACUAGAACCCUAGAUACCACUGUGAAUCAAUUAGUUGGGAUGGAUGCGUCUUCCAUUUUCCAAUCAAUACCUUGCAAGUGUCUACUUGAGCAGUGCGAAGUCUUAAUACUCCACUUUGAGUAUUUGCCACAUAUCUUUGUCUGUGUUGUAUCCAGAAUGUUUAAGAAUGUCAUUCUGUAAAGCAAUAGGGCAGAAGAUAAUAUUCCCAUUCUGUUUGUAUAAUCUUUUUUAAUAGUUCCAUUUACAAUUAAAUUUCCAUUAUCCUCCAGAAUAAAGAGCGGCCUUUGGCUGAUGAUGGAAAUUGGCAGGUAAAUGAGUUUCAAUGCAAAUUGUCUUGCACAUAUGGUACCUGAAAACCCUAGGCAUACAGUGAAGAUGCAUACAAUAUGAGUAACUUAAAGACAAUCUUUCUUGGACUUGAGUGGUUAUUUGAUGUUAGUCAGGAUGACAUAGUUGUUUAAUGGUCUAUGUGUUGAAGUAGCUCCUUGUGUUAGGCUUUAUCUUGAAAACUCUGGCAGAUAAUCCAGAAAUGGAUACAGGAUUGCAGAUAGAAAAAGUAUCACUGCACUGUGAAAAUUGUUUUGGGUUCAAUCUGUUGAAAAGUUAGAGAUUACAAUAAUGUGAUAUAUAGUUACUUUCCCUGUUGUUAUCUGUGUAUUGGACUUCAAAAUCUUUGUAAAUCCCAUCAAUUAAUUUUACUUCCAUCAGAAUUGUUCUAAAAAUUCAAAGUCUUAAUGGAAUUUUUAUUUAGUAAAUUCAGUUUGGGCUCCCUGCUGCUUGUAAACAUGAGCUGAAUGAAGAGAUUGUACUGAAAGGUUCUUUACUACUACAUACUUAUUCUGAUUCUAUUCUUUCUUUCCCUUCCUUAAAAUGAUGUCUCUGCAACCUACCACCACAGACUGUAAUAGAUGAAAAAAAACUGAUGUGCUACUUUGUUUGAAAUAUAAAACCAUUAAAAUUGUAAGUUUCUUUCAUGAUCAUUAGCAUAUAUAUACACAAAUGUCCAGUAAUAGUGUCUGCAUGUCAAUUUACUUGAUUUUUUUUUUACAAACUGCAUUUUUUUGGUCAAGGAUCUUAUGCUUGUACAAUAAAAAUCUAAAAUCAAA